UUCAAAAAUGGAAGCCUCUUGCUCUUAUGCCGCCUCAUUGCCCCAAACCCUACCUCUUUACCUGAAAAAUGAACUCAAUUCCCGGAAAAUUGGUGCAAAUUGUCCAAAAAUCAGGUCUCGCCGUCGAGAAAAAUCAAAAUUUAGGGUCUUUGCGACUCGGCAAGACGAAGAGUAUCCCAAAUUCAGGGGCCGUCUGGUGGAUGCGAACAUGAUAGUGCUGAGGAAGCGGAUCCAUGAAUUGGAGAUGGCGGAACAAAAUUACAGGGCGCCGGAAAGUGGGAUGGAGUGGGAGAAGCAAUAUUAUGUUUCUUAUGACUCUGAUAUUUGCCAAGGGCUUGGGUUGUUACAGGGUUUGUUGAUGAAGACAAGGCCUGGUGUUGCCAUUGGUGUAGUGGCAUUACUUCUCUUAAGCUUGCCUCUUGCAACACUCAUGAUAUUGGGUCAUUUGGUACAGAUGGGUUGGGACAUUUUCAAUGGAUAUUAAAUCCACUGAAUAUAUGAUUAUUUUGAUUCUUUGAAAAGUUGUUUUAUUUUGGGUAUGUGA